AUGUUUACACUGAAGGGUGAAGACGUCAACCGGACACUUGAAGGUGGGAGGAAGCCUCUUCACUAUGCAGCAGACUGUGGACAGCUUGAAAUUCUGGAAUUUCUGCUAUUGAAAGGAGCUGACAUUAAUGCUCCAGACAAACACAAUAUCACACCACUCCUAUCAGCAGUCUACGAGGGCCAUGUUUCCUGUGUGAAAUUGCUUCUGUCAAAGGGUGCUGAUAAGACUGUGAAAGGCCCAGAUGGACUAACUGCCUUUGAAGCCACUGACAACCAGGCAAUCAAAACUCUUCUUCAGUGACGGAUGGACUGUUAUCUUACAUGUCUCUCCUGUGGCCUCACACUGCUGCCUGUCUGUCACUCUUUGCAUCUUCCAGCUUCUUCAGCUAAAUACUUUGGGGGGAGGGAAAUUCUUUAUGAAUCAGACUAGUUAGGGGCUUGUAUCAAAGAUAAUCUGGUUUGAGAGGGUUGAAAACUAUUAUGAACAGUGUCCCUCUAGGACUUCUUUUCAGUGCACAAUCUCUUCCCAUUUCUAGUGAAAAUGGAAGAAGGAAGACAGACCAUGCUAUUGAAUUUUUGGCUUGUAAGCCUCCUAGGUUAGUACUAAGAUUUUUGUUGAAAGAUUUAGAUGGAAUUACUGUGCUAUGUACCUGAAACUAAUUGUGAAGGAGACAAUAGCCCCAUGCUCCUAGUGUCUGCCAUAAUCUGAAAUGUAGUAAUGUAGGUGGCUGGGUUGCUUUUCUCUCUUCUCUCUCAGUGGGUAGCUUUAUUCUUCUUCUGCCUAAAGCUUAUGUUGCAGUUUUGAGGACUUUUGAUACUAGUUAUUGAAGCUGUUCUUUAUAUUGACUAAUUGGAUGUCACACUAAUGUUUUUCUGACUCUUGAGUAAACCAAGAAAGACCAGUUGAGGCAUGUGGUGUUACACUCCAUAGUAUCUGCCGAGGUACUUUCGAGUGCUUGAAUUAGAAGUUUUUUCUAUCCCAUGUUUGUUCUAGUCCAGGACAGACAUUUUUAAGUAACUGCUUUUGAGAGUUUAAAAUUUCACUGUAGUUAUUUCCAAAAGGAUUGUGAGAUGGAAUUUCUUU